GCAGCUUGUUUUGGGACAUUUGCCUAAAUCGCUUCAAAAGGGGAAGGCCCUGGGUUGAAUCAUCAUAACUAUUACAUUUUUUGCUAGACAAAAUACUUAUCAUUUGCUUAUUUGCAGAGAUAUAGUCUUCGGAAAUGAUGGAUUAUGUAGAUGGCCCAUAUAUGUCAAUGAAGGAGCGGAGAGAGAAGCCUGCAAACUCGUUUCAGAGUGAACUAAGGCAGAAAAUGAGGGAACGCAAGAAAAAAGGUCUAUCUGCAGACAUAACAAGUGAAGAAUCAGAGGGUAUGGAUGAUGGCUUUGACAGUGAGGAAGAAAACAGCAUGACUAUGAACUAUAGAAUGAAUCAAAAAAGGACUGACAGACCAACUUCAGCCAAACGCAGAGGUAAACCAGACUUAGGUGACACUAUGAGACCUUCUGACACCAAUAAAUGGAUGAAAAAUUCACAGUCUAAAAAAGAUACAAUGUCCACACUCAGGCAGACACCACCGUUGAAAGAGUCACCAAGAUUUUCAAAACAGCCUUCAAGAAGUGAAGUUGACCAAAUGUUUGGAGCUAGUCCCCGCACUCAGACUUCUCCUUUGGAUAAAAAGUUUAUGAGACAAUCCCCAGUGGAAGAAAAUCUAUUCUCAAAGGGAAGGACUUCUCCUUCACCGUCUGGAUCAGGAACAUCUCUUCCUAAGUCACUGUUUGGAGGGAAAAAAUCACCAGUAUCAACAAAGGAAUCUACUCCUGAAUUGACAGCUGAAGAAAAAAUAUUUGGGAGGAAGACUCCAACAAAUGAAAUGCAACAGCAGAAGCAUGACAAAGAAUGGACUGCUCCAAGUUUUAGACGAUCCCCGUUUGGUGAUCAAGACAGGUCAUCGCCCAGUGCAGAACUUGAUAAGCGAGGAGGAAGAAAAACACCAGUUGAUUCAAGUCUUCAGCCUAUCAAUGAAAGUCCGAGACCUGUGCCUCGAGCAAGACAAACAAGCCCGAAGGAAUCACGACUUAGAUCUAGAGACUCAUCUCCCAGGACUCUGUCUAUGGAAUCACCAAGAUCAGAACGUCCUAAACCAAAGGUGGAUAUUUUUGGAAGAAAGGAAAAACAUGUAGAGCUUGAUGAUGAAUCAGAAAAUUUACCAUCCACUCGCGAGCGAAGACGUUUCCAAAAAGAUGAUAAGAGGACACCUGCAUCUCAAAGAAUGUCAUCUGGCAGGCAUACCCCAACAGGGAGGAAGACGCCAACUGGAAGAGAAACACCCACUGGGCGUGAAACCCCAACUGGCCGUAAAACUCCAACUGGUCGCACUACACCUUCCAAAAGAUUUUCUAAAGCUGAUUCUAGAGAAGAAAAUGAGGACACUAAAACAAAAAAGGAACCAGGGCUGUUUGACUUCCUGACUGAUGAUGCUCCAACUGAUAAGCCAAAGCCUAAAACAAGAACUGACCAUAGAGUUGGGAGCGGUCGACAAAGCAAUCUAAAGAAAUCUGUGUCACAUGACUCUAUUACUGAUGAAUUUAAUGAGCAGCCAAGUAUGUAUGAGGAGUCUACCAGAGAUGAACAGACCAGUAAAAAAAUUCCCAGUGAUCAAAGUUCUGUAUGCUUCGAGCUUGAUCGUGACCCAAAUAAAGAAGCAGAAAGAUUACAGGAAAAAGAAAAACGUUUGACUUCAACCAAUCAGAGGAGUGAUCGUAAAGCAGCUGAUGAUAUCAUAUCACGAGUUGAAGAUGCUCAAUCGGAUCCUAAACAAAUCUCACAGAAAGGACCUACCAGUGCUAAAACACAUGAUGCGGUGCUGCGACCCAAACCACGUCAUACAUUACCUGGCUCCCGACCUAGUUCUACUGCUACAGAUUAUUCAGUUGAUGCUUUUAACAGUACCACAUCUAUAAGGCAGGCAAUAUUUGAUGAAUGGAAGAAAGUUAAAACGAAAGAAAGUGUGAAGAAAACACAUGAACAAAAGAAGAAAGAGGAGGAAGAACAGAAGAAAAAAGAAAAGGAUGAAAAAGAUAAGAAGCUAGAGUCUCUUGCCUCUUACAAUGCCUGGAUGAAACAAAAAGAGGAAACAUUUAUAAAAGAAAAACAACAGAAAAAGAGGGAGGAAGAAAAGAAGCAGAAAGAGAAGGAAAGAGAAGAAUUACAGAAGAAAAAAGAUGCUCAGAAGGACUUUAUGAAAUGGAAGGAAACAAAAGAUGAAAGAUUAAUUGAGGAGCAUAAAAAGAAAGUAGAAGAAAAACACAGAAAACAACAGGAGGAGAGACAGGCCAAGAGAGAAAAAGAAAAACAAAAUGAGACAGCGUUCAAAGGAUGGAAAGUGAGAAAAGAUGAGAAAAUCAAGGAAAGCGUUCAUCGUCAACAUGAAGAAAAAUUAAAAACAAAGAAAAUUAUGAUGCAAACACAAAAAGAGAAAGAAAGGAGUGCUCUAAAAGAAUAUAAUGAAUGGUUAAGGAAAAAGGAAAAGCAGCAAGAAAUUGAAGCAAUGAAGAAUAGACAUCACCAUCAUGAUGAUGAUUAUUAUGAUGAUUUCAAGCCGGCCUGGAGCCCGGCUAGCAAACUCAUACCAUGUGGACGAUAGGGGAACCAUUAUCUAAUUUUCAUGGAGAUACAAGAAGAAAAAGAGGCACAUUUACGUAAACUUAGGAAACUUAGAGAGGAAGAAGGGGAAGAUUUCCGACCACCAUGGAGUCCCGCCAGUAAAAUUAUCCCAUAUGGUUCAUAGCCAAACCUAACUUAUUAUUCUGUAUAUAAUCAGCCAUAAGUCGACAAAUAUGUGUACAUAUGAAUGGGUUGUAAAACUCCCCUUUGACUUAUGCCUGAUUUAAUAAAUUAAGAUAAUUUAAAGAUCUAGGCAACUUCAUCUUCAGUUUAAAUUGCUGUGCUUUAAUUGUGUAUAAAUUUACCCAAGGGCAAAAUCAAUCUAGGUUGCUGACAUUUUUUUUUUGAUGCCUCAGAACUUUCAGGUAGAUCUUUUUUUUCGUUGUUAUUUUUUUACAAACUGAAUAUGACUCAAGGUUGUGCAAACGUUGAACAUGCUCGUGUUUUGUAUAAAGAAGGAAAAGAAGUAAUGUGUCCAUUAUAAAUCAUAAAAUGCCUUUAAAAUAUGUUGUUGUUUUUUAAAACUAGCUCAAAUGGCUUUGUCAAAAGUGUAUGUUCUUCAUUAUUUAUUUUAGGAAGAUAAAAGUCUCAAUUUUAAGGAUAUUAUGUACACAGUACAGUGUAUGAUAGCAGUCAAGUGUUUGGGACUGAUUGUUUUUUAUAGUUUUUAUUCAUUGCAUAAUUUUUUUAAUUAAAUUGCAUCUUGUUUAGUUAUGAUUUUAUUGUCAACAUCAGUAAAAUUAUGUCUCAUUAUUGUAUGUGAAUGUAUAUAUUGUAGUCAUCAAUCAUCUUCACUCAAAUGUAUAUAUUUUAAGAUCUUGGAGACCAUAGAUUUGAUUAUACACAGCUUUUUGUUGAUAUUAAAAUCCAUGUCCAUUUUUAUGUCUCUCCUUUUUAUGUUUAUAAAUGAACUGUAUUGAUGUGGGACCAACCUAGAAGUUAAUAUACCAAUACUGGAUAUGCGUUCAGAUUUUUGUCAUUCGUUACUUGGCUUCUAAUGUUUUAUUACGCUGAAACAUGAGUGUCAUGAAUGAUAUGAUAAGAUGUAUUUUUUUAUGUUGAAAUUGCUUUUUAUCAUUUAUUUUAUUACUUUCAAAUGUGCGUACAUGUAUUUAUUGUUCCAUUAUUUUAUUUAUUGUAUUUUAUUCAGUAGCAUUGUCUGUGAUACAUAUGUUGUGUAAUACAUUUCAGUUUUGUAAC